AUGUCUCAGAGUUUUGAGGCCCUGCGGUCUCAGUAUGAGGACUUCUGUCUCAUAGGCUGGGGGGCCUUUACCAAUGUGUGGAGAGCCCGCCAUCGCCUAACAGGCGUCCCAGUUGCGGUCAAGGUGCUGGAGAAGGCGGAGGAGAACUUUCUCAGCAUUAAAGGGGAGGUGGAUAUUUUGAAAAUGACUAUGCACCCAAACAUAGUGACAAUGUUUCAGGUCGUCGAAACGGAAAGUACUAUUUUCUUGGUAAUGGAAUUGUGCGAAAAUCAGCUGCUGGAGCACGUCCUUAGCAUGGGCUGCCUGCAGGAGGAUGAGGCCCGCAAAAUUUUCCGUCAAGUUUUGUUGGCCGUCUCUUAUUGCCACAAGCGUGGUAUAGCACAUCGCGACCUCAAGCCGGAUAACGUCAUGCUUGAUGGCAGGGGCAUGGUCAAAGUCAUUGACUUCGGCCUGGCCGUCAGAUUCGUGCCAGGCCAGCUGUUCAGUAAGACAUGUGGGGCUUACGCCUACAUGUCCCCAGAAGUUGUCUGUGAGCAAGAAUACGACGCCUCCAAAAAUGAUGUGUGGUCCCUGGGGGUCCUUCUCUACUAUAUGGUCACGGGGACCCUCCCGUUUAAGUACGAGGCACAUUGGCAACUCAAACGCAAGAUCAUCAGAGGGGAUUACAGGGUCCCUCAACACCUCUCCGAAGAUUUAAGGAACCUGAUAGGGCUGCUGCUUACUGCGAACCCAGAGCUAAGGCCCAUAGCAAUGGGCAUUUGGGACCACCCUUGGCUCCAGCCAGGCGAAGGGGGCAGAGGUCAUAGUGACCCACUCCCCAGACAGGUGGACACUGGAAUCCUGUCAGCUAUGAAGCUGAUGUCAUUUGAUGUCGACAACACGCUGGAGUCCGUAAGGCAGCGCAAGUUUGACCAGCUGAUGGCAACCUACUGCCUGUUCCAGUAUCAGGCACGUAGCAGAAUGGGGGCCAAGGGCCAGAACUCACCUGUUCUUCCCGGAAGGACACCUUUCCCUACGCUUACCUAUCCUGAUGCCUUCCCUCCAACCCCAAAGGGGAAAAACAACGUGGCUGCCCUUCGGACCAUCUCUUCAUGUGCAAAGCUGCAGGAGAGGCGUGGGCACGGACAGCAGGCGGAGCCCAAGGCUGGCAGGAGCGCUAGUUUACCCAGCAUCCACCUGUCUCCCCAAAUGCAGGGUCCCAAACGUCUCUGCCCGGUCACCGCUCCUGGCACCCCGGUUGCCCACGGCAAAGGGAGCAGGCCUGGGCUUCGGAAAAGUACCGUGAGCCCUGCCGUGGCCGAAGAGAAGCCCAGUCCAUGGACCUGGGGUAGUCACGGCCAAGGGAGCAGGCUGGAGCUCUGGGACCAGAUGGCCACCCCGGAGAGCAGCUGCACCGGAGAGGAGCCCGCCCCGAGCCAGGGCCUGCACCGCCGCCGCUGGAGGGCCUUGCGGGGAAGAAUCCCAAGGUGCCUGAGAAGAUUCUGCUUGUGCCUCUGGCCUUUCCGGAGCUCCCGGGUGGUCCCAAUGAAAGCUGGAGACAGCUGUGAAGACUAA